UUUCCUGGACCGGUCAUCAAUCACCAAAAGUACAUGUGUCUGCAAUCCACAGGACCACAACCCCAGGAGGCCAGCACGGCCCAGCACCGAAUCCAGGAUGCUUACACGUGCAUCUUAAUAUUGGCACGUGCGAAAACCUUUGACUGGCAAAUAUGACACUUGCGGGGACAGAGAGAGAAGCAGGCGAUAAUGAAAGAGUUCAAGAAGAAACAAUUUUUAGUACUUGGAACUGCAGACUAAUUCUGGAACUCACAAAGUCUCAGAGAGAAAGUUGAGUGGCAAACAAUGGAGGAGAAGACUACCAUGAUUGAGACAUGGCUGAAGAAGCAUCGUUUGGUGUACGUUGGAGCUACUAGACACCCUUUCAUCCGCAGCAUUCGAGAUGGGAACGUUGACCUUUCCUUCUUCAAAGCAUGGCUGGGGCAGGAUUACAUAUUCGUUAGAGCUUUUGUGCCGUUUGUAGCAAGUGUGUUGACUAAAGUUUGGAAAGGAUCAGAUGAUAAUGAUACGGAAGUGAUAUUAGGAGGUAUGGCUGCUUUAAAUGAUGAGGUUGGUUGGUUCAAGAAAGAAGCCUCCAAGUGGGGUGUUCAGCUCUCAAAUAUUGUUCCUCAAAAAGCGAAUCAAGAAUACUGCCGAUUUCUUGAGAGCUUAAUGUGCCUGGAAGUUGAAUAUGCUGUUGCAAUCGUAGCUUUUUGGGCGAUCGAAGCUGUCUAUCAAGAGAGUUUUGCACACUGCCUGGAAGAUGGUAGUAAAACCCCACCUGAACUUCAGGAAACUUGCCAAAGAUGGGGCAAUGAAGGUUUUCGUCAGUACUGCAAUUCUCUCAGAAAAAUUGCUGAUAGACAGCUAGAGAAGGCUUCUGAUGAUGUCAUCACAAAUGCUGAAGCGACAUUCCUGCGUAUUCUUGAACAUGAAGUUGAUUUUUGGAAUAUGAGCCAUGGAGGAACCUGAAUUUCACUAACCUCUGAUAUGACUAAGUAGGUUGCCCUCCUUCCUCAUCUAAAUAGAAAAUAAUAGAAUUAGCUUGUUCAAUCUACUAGAGUUAGUUGCAUGCUUGCUAUAAUAUCAAAAACAUUAUAGCAUUGGACAAGGUCUGCAUACUUUUAUGUUGUAUUUACAAUCUGUUGUAUAUUUUUAUGGUUUCAAGAAUCUGAUCAUUGAAAGAGUUGUUGGUAUAUGAAUAAAGACUUUUUGUAUCCUUGGUUUUCCUCAUUCUCACCUUGAACAGCUUCAUACUUGGACUUGACAUCAAGGAGUUUUCCAUUAAGAAAAAAAAAAAUGUAAAAUACAAUCUGAGACUGUCUGAUUUUGCGGUUGUGGACUUGUGGAAGCUGAAAAUGAAAGGAAGAAUUUCUUUGAUUUACAAAUCUAACUUCCCUUCAUUUACAAGGAAAGGAGAAUUUCUCAACUAGACUUUUUGAAGUUGAACAAUUGUUUCUUUGAUUGACCCUGCACAAAAUCUUAAGCUUGCAGUUUGAAGUACCAUAUAUUAUAUAUAUAUAUAUAUAUAUACCCAGCAACAGUUUUAAUGCCAUUGAAGCUAUCAAAUGAAAAUCUGCCAUCUGCCUUGGAGAUGAGACCCGGGUCGCUUGUGAGCCUGGGAGACCAUUCCUAGCAGAGGAACCUACAAAAAUCCCGUUUGUUUUUUCAUUGGAAAAGGAACCACGGGACACCUGUAGACUUCUAUCAAGCAAAAAUAUUAUGGGAAAAUGGAUAACCUUGCUGUUUUUGUUCUGCUCUUGUAGAUUGAUAGCAUGAAAAUUUUGACCCAAAAGAAUAGUGGAGAAGAAGAUAACCAUGAACAGGCUUAUCAUGUAGAGAAGAAAUUGUUUUUUUAUUGCUUUAAAUUCGAUUCAGAUAAGAAAAGAAAUGAUUAAUAUAUAUCUAGAAAGCAGAACCAAUACGAUUAGAAAAUAUAAAGCACAUGUUUCAAGGAAAUUUGAACACAUGGCAAUUAUUUAUUCCAUGUAUUUACAAAAUGAUUUUGUACAUGACAAAUCUAA